GAGGAACGUAGUAAAGAUUUCGUGACCAGAUUUUUGUUUAAAACAGUAGUCGAUAUGGUGGAGACAUUAGAGCGAGGAGAAGGGUACGAGGCAAUGGGCCUUCGGAAAAGGAAGACCUUAGAGAAGGCCGCACUCGCGGAGGUGCAGUUGCAAGAGGAUAUCUUGAAUAGCACUCAACACGACUAUAUAAAACGUGAGCACAUG